AUGAGUGCCUGUGAGAAGGGGCAGCAGUGGCAGGCGACGUUGCUCUUGUUCAGCCGCUUUUCACACUUUUGCUGUGACCGCACUUUGGUGACCUACGGUGCUGCGUCCGCCGCUUGUGCCGUGAGCCAGUCCUGGGAGACAGCUCUGGAAGUUCUCUCGGAGAUGCAGGGAAUGGGCGUGGGUCCAAGCAAGGAGAUGUUGAACUCCCUUUUGGAGGUCUGCAAGAGGAGCUGGGCGUGGCAACAGGGCCUCGAGGUUUUUCUAGAGAGCCGUGAGCUUGGUCUGGACUCCUUCCGACAGCGUGAAGCCCUCUGCCAGGCAGUGGAGACCAGCCAAGCCCUUUCCUGGGCUGAAACUUUGGCUCUCAGGCCCCUUUCCCUGCUGGACUUGAGACGAGCCACCCUCUCUGACCAGCGCUUUGUGUGGCAGAGUUCAAGGCCUGUACAUGUGGCCUCUGCGGAAUGGCUCGUUCUGGCGAAUAUCUUCGCUGCAGAUUCUAUUCGGCAAUCGCUAGAGCAGCGGAACGGAUUUGGAAGUGUGCUCAAGGAAGGAAAGCUGGCUUUCGCUGCGAGCAAGGUUGGGGCAGGACUUUCUGUCGCCUGUGCAGUGGCCGCCGCCUUUCCUCUUGACAAGUACCCGGAGAAGCCCCAGGUGUUGCUGGUUUGUGGGCCGGGCAACAAUGGAGGAGAUGGUCUGGUCGCUGCAAGACAUCUCCACCACUUCGGCUACAGCCCUCGCGUGGUUUACCCCAAGCCGAAUCAGAAGGAGCAGCUCUUCGUCAAUCUGGUGACACAGCUGUCGCAGCUGUCGGUGCCCGUGGAUGCAACCCUCCCGGAGUCCCUGGAGGGAUACUGCUGCGUGGUCGAUGCUAUUUUUGGCUUCUCCUUCCGCGGCGCUGUCCGAGCGCCGUUCGACGAUGUCCUGAGGAGACUCACAGCACCGGGAGCUCCGCCAGUACUCUCCGUGGACAUUCCCUCCGGAUGGGAUGUCGAGAAGGGCCCACCUGCUCAGGGCAUUUGCUUGCAGCCGAGUGCGCCCCUCACGCUGCUGCUGAGCCUUUCUGCAUUUAUGGAGAACCCGCUGUCUUGA